ACGUCACUCUUCUUAAUUGUGCAAUGCUCAACGUGAGAGGAGUGUCAUCAGAACAGUUCCGUCGCUAGAAAACACAGUAAGCUGCAGAAAACCGUCUAAAAUGUUCAAGAACCUUGCAGAUCCGCAUUAUGUAUUGAAGUUUCAAAAUCUAUGUGGACUCAGACGUGGGAAUUCUAGCAGGAAGUUAAAGGAUCUGCACGACUCACUACAAGGACAAGGAGCCGAAGGCCUAACAACAAACCGCCCAGAUGAUGGAGCAGGCUCAUGCUACAAGAGAGCGGGAAAAGUCGGAUCACUUGAAGAAAAGGACAGCGAUUUUUAUGAGACAACAUUAACUAAGGAAUCAUUUGAAAGUGGGCCGGAUGGAGAAGUUCUCUAUAAUCGCUACAUCCAUUCGCUGUAUUUUUUUGGCUCUGGCCUAGGCGAUGAAAUUUUCUACCUCACAGUGUUCCCGCUUUUGUUUUGGAACUGGGACGAAUAUGUCAUGAGAAGACUGGUUUUCUUGUGGGUAUUCUCCAUGUACAUUGGUCAAGGCCUCAAAGAUGUUCUGAGAUGGCCCCGUCCUCCAUCCCCACCUGUGAUUGUUGUCGAGAAAAAGUACGAGAGUGAAUAUGGAAUGCCGUCUACUCACGCCAUUGUUGGUUGCAUUGUUCCUUUUUCUCUGGUUUACUUUAGUUAUGGGAGAUACGAGUUUCCUUGGCAAGCAGGACUGGCUUUUGUUAUCUUCUGGUGUGGACUGGUUUGUCUUAGCAGAAUAUACAUGGGGGUUCAUUCUUUUCAGGACAUUGUGGGCGGUUUGUGUGUUUCAUUGAUGGUGAUAUCAUUCUGCUUGCCAUUCAUUACUGAAGGAGCAGAAGGAAUGUUAAAGAGUCCAUAUGCGGGUAUCUACAUUGUUUUGGCAUCUCUUGCCAUGAUCCUGAUGUAUCCUUCUUGUGACAAAUGGACAAGAGCAAGAGGAGAUACUACUAGAAUCUUAUGUGGUGGAACCGGAGCUAUGUUGGCAGGCUGGAUUACCUUCUACUUUGAAAAUCUACCCAUUCCAGAUCCAUAUGAUGGUGCACCAUUCAAGCUUUUUUCAACUUCCCUGAGCUCGGCAUUUCCUCUACUUGGAAGUUUCUUUACAAGAUUUUUGGUUGGUGUUAUGAUUAUUUUUCCAGUGAAGCUUGUUUUCACAUUCACCACCAAGAAGAUACUGGGUGCUUUGGUCCCAAAUUCAGAUGAAUCACUAAAUAAAAGGCUGUUUGUUGAGUUGACAUACAUUUUUAUCACCUACACUGCAGUUGGUUUUGCUGCUGUUUAUCUGGCUCCAAAGGCUUUUAUCCACUUUAAUUUGUAAAAAAAUAAAGUUACUUUUCUUUGUUCAUUGUUCGAUGAUUUCAUAUUGUUAUGAAAACACUUUUUAUAGAUGAAUUGAAUUUAGAAAGAGAUGCAUAAUUGAAUUAUUACUUAUUUGAAAGUUCAGGAAAGUUUUGAUAGGAAAGUUUUAAAGGAAAUGAUCUUAAAGUUUAUUUAGUUUAGUAUAAGGCGACUCUGGUGCAGAAAUUUUCCAGGGACAGAGGCUUUAUCCUACCUGAGGUGUUCUGCAAGCAGUCUUUAUUAGCCCUCAAGUCUAAAGGCAAUCUAACUAUAUGGGAGUUUUCUAUAAGGGGUUACUGUGAUGUAACGGUAUAAAGAAUAGAUAAAAAAAGCCAUCUUGACCUCUAAUAUUACUUAAAAAUAGCAAAGAAAAUGUCUUCGGCCCUACAGUAUAAUCAAGUUAUAACAUACUUUAGGGACCAGGGUAUUAAGUAGGUUAUAUCCGAAGUAUGUUGUAACCAGGGUAAGUAAAAGUUGUAACCAGACUAGUAUGUUGUAACCAGACUAAAACCAAGCACAUCUUUUGCUGGGAACAAGCAAACCAGUAUGUUAUAUCUGAAAGUACGUAAUAACUGAGUACAUUAUAACGGGAUUCUACUGUAUAUGAUGAAGAAAAAAAUAUAAGAUUUUUAAACUUUUUGGCAAUGUGAAUAAAGUAUUUGAAAAUGUGGGUCAUUUGAUCUUACUUUGGUACAUAAAUGGUUGAAAUUAGUAGGAUUGGAAUCAAACAAGAUUUCUUAGGCGCUGAAAUACCAUGGAGAUAAAUAUCUUAGAUAUUUCUGAAUAUAAUGGAAUUCUAAGAUUUGAAGAUUCUAGUUGAACUUUAUUUCUUGAAAUGUAGCAUUGUUUUCGAGUUGAUUUGAAAAUUCUAGUUCAAAGAUUUAUGAAUUAUUCCCUGCAAGUCA